UGUCUUGAAAUAUAUGUAUCUUUAAAUAUUUAAUAUUUUUUAUAUUUUUAAUAUUUAAAUUUUAAAGUGUGAUAAAGCUUAAGUAAAGAUGAAGGUUAAAUAAUACGCGAUCAAGAAUGAUUUCUUCUUCAUCCAAAAAUUUUCAAUAUUGCCUUUACACAUAUAUGCAGAGCGCUAUGACAGUUACAAUAAAUACCAUAAUUCUGAGAAAAAUUAUGUAGUAAUUAUAACAUAUAUGAAAAGAUUCAAAUUGAUAUAUGAAAAUGUUUAAUGUAGGAACACUUUUAAUGUACUGUACAUAAAGCGCCCGCAAAAAAUAGGAUAAAUAAUAUCGAAACAUAUUUUGAAACAAAUAUUUUCUUUUGUAAAAGUGUUUUUCUUUUAUGCAGUCACACAUUAGAUCACUACAAAGAGCAUAAUAAAUAUUUUGGCAUUUUACUAAACAAAUUUUCCUUUAAAGUAUAAUAUUGUAUAUGCACGAAAACACUUUUUGGCACAUCAUAUUGUAUACGGAACCACAAAUAGAACAAGCACUGUUAAAAUAUCAGCCAAAAUAAACGCUUUUUGUAAAAAUGAUUACUUAUAUCCAGAGUCUAUAAGCAAUACAUGUGCGGCGUCCAAAAUCGAUCAGUCCUUAUAUCUGGGAAUUAACACGUGUAUGUACACGCGUGGUAUUUCACUUACAUGAUCGUUCGCUUGUUAGCACGCAGUUCUUUUAUGACCAUUUCAAACAACUGAGCGAAAAAAGUUACUGAAAUAUUUAAUACACUUUGAUGAUACGUUUGCCCUUAAGUUUUGAAAAACUUUAUUACGCCGACAUUCUAUACAUGGUAGAUUUUUUUUCUUUAACUGCUAGAAAAUUGGCACGAACAAAAAGAAUGAACAAUAGUCGUUAGAUAAUAUUCGAUAUGGAUAGUUCGAAAAGCGGGUAUCGAGAUCUCGAAUGGGCAAUAAAACUAAAUCGUAUCAGUUUGGAGGUACUUGGAUUAUGGCCUAAAGUUGAGGAAGUUCCUCGGGAAAAAUUAAAGCGCAAUUUGCACGUUCUCGCCAUUUUGCUACUAUUUGUGUUCGGUGUUCUGUUUCCUUGUAUUCAUUCCCUAAUAAAGACUCAUGAAGACAUCAUGAUAGUAAUAGAACAUCUGCAAGGUAUCUUACCGAUGAUUACCUGCGUUAUAAGAAUAAUAAUUUUUUGGUGGAAGAAAGAAGACAUAAUACCGCUAAUAAGCAUGAUCACCGAAGAUUGGUUAAAAUCGAGAAAUGUACGCGAGAGAAACGUGAUGAUUACAUGGACACAGAGGUUACGUAUGAUUGUUCUCGCCUCAUACAUUUUAACAGGAGUAGCUUUUGUUUCUGUCAUUCUUCUACCUAUGUUUGGAGUGUCAUUAACAUACGGAGUGAAUAUUAAUAAUACAGAAAAAAGGUUCCCCCUCAGAGUUUAUUACUUUUUCGAUGUAACAUCAAGACCACAAUACGAACUUACAUAUAUUAGUCUUUCCAUCGGCCUUUUUUUCGCUGCCGUUACAUACACGGGUAUCGAUAAUUUCCUCGGACUAUUAGUAUUUCACACUUGCAGCCAAUUGGAUAUUCUGAGUACUCGCUUCAUGUAUUUGAAUAAAUUCGUGAAGUUUCAUAAUGGCUUGAAGAAUUGCGUGAUGAAUCAUACACGAUUGCUUAGAGGCAUUGCCAUUAUAGAGGAUACAUAUAAUAAGAUGUUACUGGCAUUAUUUUUAUAUUUUAGCAUUCUCUUUGCUUUCUAUGGAUUCUUAAUAAUUAAUUUAGUUGAGGAAAGAAAUUCUGUAUCAAUUACUCAUGUAACAUCUCUCAUUUGCGUUGUUUUUGUUAUAUUUGUUCAUAUGGGUCUCUAUUGCGCUGUUGGUGAAAUUUUAGUUAUCCAAUGCGAUAGAAUGUACUACGCAAUAUGCAGCCAGGAAUGGUACACCCUGGAGUCAAAAAAAGCCAGAAAUUUAAUUUUUUUAUUGAUCCAAACUAAGAUACCGUGUUAUAUUACUGUUGGAAAGAUAUUUCCCAUGACAAUGGCUACAUUUUGCAGUUUAAUAAAAACUUCGACUGGUUAUGUAUCGGUUUUGUUUACGACUAGAAACAAUUAAUCAAAAAUUUGUUAAUUAUUGAAAUGUAGAUUCAGAAUUAAUACUUAAUCUGAUCCAGGCUGUUGCUUCAACAUCAUUAUUGCGAUGAAUUGUGCACAAAAUUCGCAUAAUUUUAUUAAUUUCCAUUAAGAAAGUACUAAAAGUGCAUAGAAAGUAAGUGAAUAAACUUGGAGUAAAAUAAGUAAAUUAAAAUAAUGUGAUCAUUAAAAAUGCGGAAACCUAUAUAUAAAAUUUUUCAAAGAAUAAAAUAUCUUCAAAUAUAUGUAUUUCGUUAAAGUGUAUAAAAUACGUAAGGAUAUGCGUUUUUUGGAUGUGCGGCUUAAGUAUUAAGAUUCUUAAUUAUCAAUUAUUUAAUGUUGAAGAGGAGAGAGCUUAUUAAUAAGUAAAUGCAAUCCAUACAAAACUUAUCUUUUUAAAAAAAGUACAAAAGGAUGUCAAGUGCGUUUCGUCAAAACUUGUUUUGUAUUAAAAAACAAUGUUAUAUUAUAUUUUUUCUAUAAAACCAAUCAUCGCAUGCACUUGGCGUCUUUUUUAUUUUGAAAAGGUAAGUUUUGCACGAAUUUAAUAUUUGUCGAGUAAAUAUUAUCAAGUAUAGAGAAAAAAGAAUUUAUUGCACUUAAAAUUUUUUGCAUUUGCAUCCAACUGCAAACUUAAUCUUAAUUAUUUCCAGCGACUAUAGUCGCCCGUAGUUUGUGAACAGCGUUCCGCGACGAGCGACUAUAAUCGCCCGUAGUGAAAGGGUUAAGAUAAUCACAUUGUUUCUAGAAUUUGUUUAAGUAAUUAUUCAACAUAUGGUUAAUAUGUUUCUAAAAGAAGAAUAUUAAACAGAUAAAGAAAAA